CUUAGUCCGUAACACCUACUCCAGGUCACAUGGGUUGUGGGGCUUCUGCACCACCUCGGCGGGACUACUGGGCCCCUAAUGCCGUCCACGGGAACAAACCCCAGGGGAGGAGCACCGUACCCGGUGGGUGGGCUCCCCCACCCCCCGGGUACGCCCCUAACCAGGGGAGCGUUCAGUACGUCACCUACCAACAUCGGAACUACCCUCCCCCUCCGCAGUGGCAACACGCAGGCAUCGCUCCACCCACGGGACCGCCACAGGGCCGCUUCGGGCGGAAGCCUCCACACGUGCCGUUUCCUAACUUCGUGUCGCCCCGGCCGCCACGGGGGAGGAAGCCGGUAGAUCACGGCGAUUCGACGUUCGGUCACCGCCAACCUCAGCAGAAACUCCGCCCACCGCCACGGAGGACGAAAGACGUACAGCUGUUCAAACCUCGACCAUCAAGGCCCCGACCAACCCCGACAAGGCCCCCACCAUCUCCGACAAGGCCCCGACCACAUGCCGGGGUAAAGCCGCCGCCUGAUCGCGCCGAUUCACCGCCAGUUCCUCACCGCCAACCGGAGCCGAAACCCCCCACACCGAAACCUCCCACACCUAAACCUCCCACACCGCCACCGGUGCACGUCGAAGCAGCUACAGAGGAGAUGAGAUUUGCCAUUCAGAGUUGUCUGGACUCCGGUAUUCCGUGGGACGACCCUGACUUCCCUGCAACGCCGAAAUCUAUAGACCAUAAGGGGAAGGACGGAAAAGACAUCGAGUGGAAGAGACCAAAGGAAAUGUCAGACAACCCCCGGCUGCUUGUUCACGGUGUGAGUACGGAUGACGUGAAGCAGGGCACGCUGGGAGACUGCUGGUUCCUGUCGGCGUGUGCGUCCAUCGCCAGGGAGAGUCAGCUCAUGGCUAAGGUUAUCCCCAAAGACCAGUACCUGUGGAGGGGGGAGGGCCGGUAUGCGGGCGUGGCGCACUUCCGGUUCUGGCGGUUCGGGGAGUGGGAGGACGUGUAUGUGGACGACAAACUGCCGACCAGAUGGAGUAACCUGACGUACGCCAGGUGUAGCGACAAGAACGAGUUUUGGCUGCCUCUCAUCGAAAAAGCAUAUGCAAAGCUGAAUGGUUCUUACUCCUCCCUUGAUCGCGGCCAGACCACGGUCGCCUUGACAGACCUAACCGGGGGGAUCUGUGAGAGAUUCAAAACCGGAUUUCAGGAGGCAGCCGUCCUGUACCAAGCCAUGCUGAAGGCUCAGAAACGGGGGUCUUUCAUGACGUGCUCUACACACAGCACGUUUGAGGAGGGACAUGAUAGCGGGUUGGUGAGUGGGCAUGCCUACACCAUAACUGGAGUCUCAAAGAUCCGGAGCUCCGGAAAGACACACCGACUUAUCAAGAUCCGGAACCCCUGGGGUAGACAGGAGUGGAAGGGAGCCUGGAGUGACGGAUCGCCAGAGUGGCAGGGAGUGUCGGAAGCUGUCAAACAGAGACUUUAUCAUGAAAACAAAGACGACGGGGAAUUCUGGAUGGAGUACGAUGAUUGGAGCGAAUUCUACAGAGAGGUCACCAUCGCUUCACUAGCAGAGCACGAGACUGUUAGAACUGGACCGAAAUCGAAGUGGGACGUGGCACAGGAGAUAGGAGAGUGGGUGAAGGGAGAGACAGCCGGCGGCAGCGUGGGGUACCAAAAGACCUAUUGGAAAAACCCGCAGUACCUCUUCACACUGUCGUCUGAAGAUGACUUUGACCCGGAAGAAGACGACGAGGAAGACCGCGGCACAUGCUCAGUUCUGAUCGGUCUCAUGCAGGAGAAUAAGCAGUUCAAAGGGAAAUUUACGCAUAUCGGCUUCCAGGUCUACGAGGUCUCGAGUCCAGACCGGGAACUCAAACUGUCCAAGCGUCAGUUGGGCCAGUCUUCACCCGUCUUCAGAACCUUGUCCUAUUACAACACUCGAGAGGUCACUCUGCGUAUCCAGAUGGACCCAGGCACAUACGUCAUCGUCCCCACCACGCACGAGCCGAAAAUAGAAGGUCCCUUCCUUCUCAGAGUCUUAACAGAAAAGCCAACUCAGCUGCGAGAGUUGGGGUAAGAUUUUUAUUUUCUGUAAAAACUAGUUCAACUCAGUCAUCUUCUUGUUUUAAGUUAAAACUUUUCUUCCAACACAUUUCU